CAGUCGGUAAAUACAUCGUUCCCAGGAUGUCGGGACGGAUGGAAGCGAUUCUCUUGGCCCUGCUGACGUGCUCAUUGAUGGUGGGACAGGCCGAUUCCGGCGAACUACUGGCUAGACGGAAGCGAUACGUCGUCUUCCCGGAAGGAUCGAGUUUCUCGGUAGCCCUCUGCAUGACGGUCCACACCCUGACUCCGGACAACAUCUUCACGGAGGGCCUGAACUGGGGCAUCUCUUACGACCUGCCGAACGAGAGUAAGCCCGAGCUUGCGCCGUUUCUACAGCUGCGCAAGGACCGGCUGAAGCUCGACAGCCCUGACAGCUACGGACGGCUCAGCAAGGGCAAGUACGGAGCAUCGGCGCAGCAGCAGGUCGGCUACUACCAGUCAUCUCCGAUCGAUAAGAUCAAGUACGGCGAUUACUACAAGCCAGACUACGGAGCCCGGAAUAACGAGGCGAAGUACAACAAGCUUCGGUUGGCCGAGAGGAAGAUGUAUAGCAAAGCCGAUUACCACUACCUGCAGCGCAGACACCGGCGCGAUCUCUACAACAAGCUCGAGGUCGUCGUAAACGCUAUGGGCUACGACGGGCGCACUUGCAUCCUGCGGGCCCUCUGCGAAGCGGCUCAGCGGUUCAUGCCACGUGGCAACAGCCUCGUCGAGGAGAUGAUGAGGAUCGUCUUCGCAUUGCCGCUGAAGAGGGUCUUCUCGUUCGAGCCGGAGGAGCACAGGGUGUACACCUCGGCCCAUAAAGCCGGCCACGAGGGCCACGACUGUCCGGCGCUCUUCCCUGGCUGCAGCUUCUCUCUUAUAGAUAUGGCCCUCGGGAAAUAUAACAGCGACGCCGAGGACUACGACGAGGCCGCAGCUUUGCAGCGAUACACUAUGAAGUGAACG